GCUUAUCUUACAGAAUCGAGAAGCUUCCAAGAGGCGAGCCAGUUGGGUCUGCAUUCCAGAGCUGGAUGGGUGAUGGCUUCCCCAUUCACAGAGGUGACAUCUUCCAUGCCAUUAAUCGACUUAGAAAGCUCAAGUCUAACCAACGCGCUCUUGAGGUUAUGGAAUGGGUGAUCAGAGAGAGGCCCUACAUGCCAAAGGAGCUAGACUACUCUUAUCUGUUGGAGUUUACAACCAAGUUUCAUGGGAUAUCACAAGGAGCAAUAAGGCUUCCGCUUGAGUGCAUGAAGAGAAUGAGGGAGUUGGGCCAUCCUAUCUCGCACUUGGUGUUUAAUCGGCUCAUUAUUCUGCAUUCUUCAUCAAGGCGUAAGAAAUUGAUACCAAAAAUUCUUGCUCAGAUGAAGGCUGAUAAAGUGGCUAGACAUGCUUCCACAUUCAACAUUCUGAUGAAAAUGGAAGCCAGUGAACACAAUGUUGAUGGUUUGAUGAAGGUAUAUUCGGAUAUGAAGCGAGAAAAUGUUGAGCCGAAUGAAAUUUCAUACUGCAUCAUAGCUACUGCCUAUGCAGUGGCGAGGUUACAUACUGCUGCUGAAGCUUAUGUUGAAGCCUUGGAGAACUCAGCUACAGGUAAAAACUGGUCAACACUAGAUGUUCUGAUAAUGUUAUAUGGGUAUUUGGGGAAGGAGAAGCAGCUAGAGAAAACUUGGGGCUUAGUGAAACAACUCCCCCGUGUCAGGUCUAAGAGUUAUGUGAUGGCAAUUGAAGCAUUUGGUAGAAUUGGCCAACUCACUCUUGCUGAAGAACUCUGGUUAGAGAUGAAAUCAGUAAAAGGGUUGAGAUCCACCGAGCAAUUCAACUCUAUUAUAUCUGUCUAUUGCAAGCAUGGGCUGAUUGAUAAAGCAACUGGAAUUUUCAGGGAAAUAACUACAAACAGUUGCAAACCAAAUGCUAUAACUUUCCGGCAUCUAGCUUUGGGUUGCCUAAAAGCAGGAUUGGUAGAGGAAGCCACCAAGACUCUAGACCUGGGGAUGGAUUUGACAAUGAGCAAUGUGGUCAGGAAUUCUACCCCAUGGUUGGAGACCACUCUUUUGAUAAUCGAGGCUUUUGUGGAGAAGGGUGAUAUAAGGAACGUUGAGAAGUUGUUUGAGGAACUAGCUAAAGCCAAGUAUAUAAGGUACACUUUUGUAUACAACACUUUGAUCAAGGCUUAUGUGAAGGCCAAAAUUUAUGAUCCAAAUCUUUUGAAGAGGAUGAUUCUAGGAGGUGCACGACCAGAUGCUGAAACCUAUAGUCUGAUGAAACUUGCUGAGCAGUUUCAAACAUGAUUUUGGUUUGUAAUAUAGUUGUAACUGUAAUGUUUUGUUAUACAAUGUACUUAUUCUUCUUGCACAAUGUUCAUCAAUUCUGUAAAUGGGAGAUAAUGAGAUGGAGGAGCAUUUAUCCGG